AUGUCUGAGCACACUCCAAUUGCCGUCAUUGGCAUGGGGUGUCGACUUCCCGGAGGUGCUAGCAGCCCCGAGAAGCUCUGGGAGAUGCUCGCUGAAGGCCGGAGUGGAUGGGGUGAAGUUCCUGCAGAACGUUGGAACUGGAAGUCAUUCUACCACCCGCACAAUGAAGCCAAAGAGUCACUCAAUUCAAAGAGUGGCUAUUUUCUGGAUCAAGACAUUGGGGCAUUUGAUGCCAAGUUCUUCAACAUUGCUUCAUAUGAAGCCCAUGCAAUGGAUCCGCAACAGCGAAUCCUGUUGGAGACAACAUACGAAGCGCUUGAGAACGCCGGAGUAUCUUUGGACAGUAUCAAGGGCUCCAAUACGUGUGUCUACGUGGGGCUGUAUGCCCGAGACUAUGAUCGCAUGGGAUUUAAGGAUCUCCCCCAAAUUACGAAGCUUCACAUUACUGGAACAGGCGAAGCUGUCGUCUCAAAUCGAAUCUCGUACCUCUUUGACCUUAAGGGCGCGUCUGUCACGGUUGACACAGGCUGUUCUGGAAGUAUGGUUGCCCUACAUCAAGCUUGCCAGAAUCUCAGGACCCGGGAGUCAAACAUGGCCAUUGUUGGAGGAACACAGCUCCUUCUUCAUCCGGAUCAGGCUAUCGCGAUGAGCACGGUUGGCAUGGUGAAUCCACACGGUCGAUGCUUUGUCUUCGAUAGCCGUGGUUCUGGUUAUGCCCGAGGCGAAGGUGUCGGCACAAUUAUUCUCAAGCGCCUAGAGGACGCCAUAGCAGCUGGUGACCCUAUUCAUGCGGUUAUUCGGAAUUCUGGAUUGAACCAGGACGGUAAAACAGCAGGAAUUUCACUCCCUAAUCCAGAUGCGCAGGCAGCUCUCAUGAAAUGGGUCUACUCUUCUGCUGGCGUGGAUCCUCGCAACACAGUAUAUGUGGAAGCUCAUGGAACCGGCACACAAGCAGGUGACAAUGCCGAGAUUUCUUCUAUUAACCAAGUCUUCUGUGAGGAGGCUGGACGGAAGUCAGAUAUCUACGUUGGAUCAGUCAAAUCCAAUAUUGGACAUCUAGAAGCUUCCAGCGGUAUCGCGGGCCUAAUCAAAGGUAUCAUGAUUGUGAAAAAGGGUUUCAUUCCGCCAAACUUGGAUCUUGAAACACCCAAGCCGAGCCUCAAGCUUGAUGAGCGGAAAAUCAAGAUCCCGGUCCAGCUUACUCCUUUGCCUCAGCCAGAGCAACCUGGGCCUAGCCGAGUGUCUUUAAACAGCUUCGGCUACGGCGGAACUAAUGCACAUGUCAUUCUCGAACCAGCUCCAGCCUUGGACCUUUAUGGGUCUGGCGUGAAUGGUGACUCAAACCAAGAAGACUCAAACGGAGUUCAAGAUGAUCGUGAAACCAAGGACACUUCGAAUGGUGAUGCAGAUGCUGACCAUCGACCAAACAGUGAUGAGAGCCAUGCUAGCCUCGAGGAGACGGCUGAAGCCAAUCCUCAGCUAUUUGUCCUCAGCGCUACUUCGGAAAAGUCUCUUCUUGAAGCCGCCAAAAACGUGCAGAGCUGGAUCUCUACCAGGGCCUCAGAGCAAGAUUACCUGUCCGAUCUUGCAUACACGUUGAACGUUCGACGAUCACUUCUGCCACUCAGGCUGAGUGUUGUUGCUUCUACCCCAGAUGAACUCAUUUCUGCUUUAGAGCCAAAGAGUCUCCGUAUCACAAAGCUUCCACACUCCGUCUCAGUGGCUUUUAUUUUUACUGGGCAGGGAGCGCAAUGGUUUGCCAUGGGACGAGAGCUAUUGGCCCUAAACUCUGCCUUCAAAGAUUCGAUUCUUCAGUCAGACCAAUUGAUCCAAAGCUUUGGUUCUCAGUGGAGUCUCGUGGAGGAGCUCUCAAAGGACGAGCAAUCCUCUAGGGUGAGUGAUAGCGAGCUAUCUCAACCUUUGACAACAGCUGUCCAAGUCGCUUUGGUCGAUUUGCUUGCCACAUUUGGCGUUACUCCGCAAUAUGUCUGCGGUCACAGCUCGGGAGAAAUUGGUGCGGCCUAUGCGGCCGGGGCCUUGACGCAAGAUGCUGCGAUUGAAAUUGCUUACCGACGAGGUUUAUGCUCAACUGCUGCCAAAAAGGCAAACUCGACCAAGGGUUCCAUGCUGGCCGUGGGAGUUGGCGAGACCGAGAUGUUGCCAUACAUCCAGCAGGUGAAGAAUGGCCUGGUGACAGUGGCUUGUUCCAACAGCCCAGACAGCGCUACGAUAUCUGGAGAUGAAGCUGGUAUUGACGAACUGAGCACCAUUCUGAAUAAUCAAUCCAUCUUCAACAGGAAGCUCAAGGUGGACACAGCCUAUCACUCUCACCACAUGGAGAAGAUCGCGGGCCAGUACCUCGAGUCCUUGAAACAUGUCCAUACUGGUACACCACGAGGCAAUGUUACUUUCUAUUCCUCCGUGACAGGGGGGAAGAAAGUUUCCGACUUCGGACCUCAAUACUGGACAGACAAUCUGGUGUCAAAGGUCCGAUUCAGCGAUGCCCUUCAACUUUUGGCCGAGAAUAUGGCACGUUCAAAACAGUCUAGCAAUGUUGCCAACUUCUUUGCCGAAAUUGGCCCGCAUGGUGCAUUGUCUGGACCCAUCAGGCAGAUCAUGGCCAAACUCAGUAACGGAGCUUUCAAGUUUUCAUACGCAUCUGCACUUACCCGAAAUAAACAUGCGCUUCACUCAGUUCUGGAGCUGACUGGCAAGCUGUUCGAAUCUGGAUACGGUAUCCAGUUUGAGCAGGUCCUUGCCUUGCAUAAGGCCAAGCGUUGGACUACAAUCGGCGAUUUGAGUCCUUACCCCUGGGAUCACUCACUAUCCUACUGGUACGAAUCUCGACUCAGCCGGGAUCAUCGUCUGCGCCAAUUCCCGUACCACGACCUUCUGGGAUUAUGGGAUGUGGGGAGCACUAUACAUGAGCCGAGAUGGCGGUAUCAUCUCAAUGUCGAUGCUCUUCCUUGGCUGAAACAUCACGUUGUCGAUGGCUUCAUGAUUUUCCCAGGAACGGGAUACAUUUGCAUGGCCAUCGAAGCGAUGAAACAGAUCGUCCAACUUCGGAAGACACCUGGGGAGAUAUCCAAUUUCCACGUCAAGAAUGUGGUUCUUUCCAAGCCUAUCAUUGUUCCAGAUCAACGACCGGACAGCUUCAUCCCAGACGUGGAAGUUCAACUUACCCUGACUCGUAUGAAGAGCAACGAUGGCAGUCGAUGGGAAACAUUCAGAGUAUUUUCAUAUUCGCCCGAGGGGUCUGGGUCAUGGAAUGAGCAUUGUUCCGGAAUCAUCACUGUCGACAUGAGUUCCAAGGUUGACGAGGUUGAAGGCACUCGAGAAGAAGAAUAUCUGGUUUCAUCCCACAAGCGCAAAUUUGAACAGAUUCAGCAGGCAUGUCACUUCGAUACCACGGUCAAUCCAGAGAAAUUCUACAGUGACCUUCGUGAAUCUGGAAAUGAUUUUGGCUCAACUUUCACUUGCAUGACCGAGAUGCAACUAGGUCGCCAUCAGGGUUGGGCCAAGGUUGAGGUCCCCGAUGUUCCAGCCUGCAUGCCUCGCCAGUUCUUGCAGCCACAUGUGAUACACCCGUCACUUUUGGACUCGUUGAAUCACCUUGCAGUUGUCUUAUUCAAGAAAGAAUGCAGCAAUGCACCACUAAUGGCGACGUUCUUUGGAGAAAUCAUCAUUUCUGCGGAUAUAACGUCUACCCCUGCCGAUGAACUGGUCGUUGCUCUCGAGAUGAAUCCCGAAGGAAUGCGUUCAGCAUCAGGUAACACAUACGCAUUCCAACAGAAAGAAGAUGGAGAACGAUCUCUUGUUCUGCAUGUGAGAAAUUGGCAGCUGAAAGCUGUUGGAGAAUCUCAGACAAAGAACGAAGAGACUCCAUUCCAUCGUAAGAUGAGCUAUCGGAUGCAGUGGCAGCCAGAUGCGUCUUUCUUGAACGCAAAACAGCUUCGGGAUGCAGUCGAUAAAACAACGAGCCCUAGUGCGACGGAGCAAUAUCUUACUGCCGCGACAGUUGCCUCUGAAGACAUUAUGAUUACCGAAAAACUGACGUUUGAGCAAAUCAUUGCUUUGAAUGAGCGCGCGGCGGCAAUCUAUAUUCGAGAGGCCCUGUCCCAGGUAUCCUUGGAGGCACCAUCGAUGACUACCCAUCAUUUUGCAAAGCUUCUCGAGUGGAUGAAGUCUUCUAGUGAGUCUGAGGUCUGCAAGUCGAUGCUGAAAGGGUUGACCUCUUCCGAGGAGGAACUCGUCCUUCAAAGGUCUCUGAUCUCCGGUCUUGAAGGACUGAUGCUAUCACAUAUUGGUCUCAACCUGGCCUCGCUUCUCAAUGGAGAGACAGACGCCGGGGAGCUGAUGCGGCAAGACAACCUUUUGUCGAGAUUCUGCAUCGAUGAUCUUUUCUCACGAAGCCAUCAAUUCAUGGUCAGGUAUCUCGAGUCAGCUGUGUAUAAGAGGCCACACAUGAGAAUUCUUGCAAUUGGCGCUAGUAUGGAAGAUGGAAUUGCCACUCUUAUGCGCGCGAUCGAUCGUCCAGAGGGACUGAUGGUUGACCACUUCGACCUCGCUGAUAGCUCUUUGGCGGCCCUGGAACGCGCGAAACCUCUUUUCCAAAACUGGGCCCACUCCAUGGACUUCAAAAUUUUGGAUCUUGAUGAGAAUCUUAAAGAUCAGGGUUUUGAGAUUGAAGGAUACGACAUGAUCAUCGCAGCCAACACCCUGUAUUCUGUGAAGAACGUCACCGCCUCGUUGAAUCAAAUUCGUCGAUUGAUGAAGCCGGGUGGAAAACUGGUCAUGGUUGAACUAAUUCGGCCACCGACAUUGGCUAUCGAGACUAUUUUUGGAGUCUUGCCAGGGUACGUACUGACUUGCAUGCUUAUCAGCAAUUUGUUAACACGUCACAGAUGGUGGGCUUCUGAGGGCGAUCGCCAGAAUUCUCCCUUGCUUUCUGAGUCCCAAUGGCACGAUCUGCUGCUAGAGAGCUCAUUCAGUGGCACGGAUAUUGUGAUGAAUGAAAAUGAUGGGCCAAAGUCAAGAUCUGCCCUGAUCGUUUCAACUGCAUUGAACCAGUCUAAGGUGGCCAACCCCGAACCUUCGCAACGUGUGAAGGUCCUCUCAUUUGGCAAAUGGUCUCCAGCGUUCGCAAAGCUCGCCGAGGAUAUUUCAUCGGCUCUCAGUCAAAGAGGCCUUGAUUGUUCAAUCAGCAUUUUAGAUCCUCAAGCCAUCCAGCAAGACGUUACCUACAUCGUUCCGGACGACAUGGAGAAUGCUCUUCUGUCAAGUCCAUCUGCUGAGGAAUUUGAAGCGCUGAAGACUAUCUUUGUCACUAGCAAGUCUUUACUUUGGAUUAGCGGACAAGAAAAGGUCACUCAAAAUGGCAACGCUGCGAAGGGUCUCAUCAAUGGUAUGGCGCGCGUGGCCCGACGCGAAAACGAGGGGAUUAAGCUCGUUACCAUCGACAUACAACAAGAUAUUGCAAACUCUUGGUCUGAGAUCUCCAAGCAAAUUUUGGACAUUGCUGAGAGCUCGUUCUGGCCAGCUUCUGAAGCCGAGCAUUCCAAUGAACAUGAGUUUGCGGUUCAGAACGGCACCGUCAUGAUUCCCCGAGUUCAGCCCGACACCAAGUUCAAUGACUGGAUCGACCGAGCCGUGGGAGAUGAUAGACUGGACACUCUGCCUUAUCACCAGUCCAACCGUAGCCUGAAGCUUCACGUGGAAACGCCCGGUCUUUUGAGCAGUCUCCGCUUUGUGGAAGACGAGGCUUUGAUCUCGCCUCUGCGUGCAGAUGAGAUUGAGAUUGAAGCCAAGGCAUAUGGUGUCAACUUCAAGGAUGUCUUUAUUGCCCUCGGUCAAAUGCUUCCUGGAGUCAACAUGAUCGGAGAGGUCGCCGGUGUUGUUACAGCCGUGGGAUCAGCUAUGCAGGGCCGAUUCAAUGUGGGAGACCGAGUUGCCGGCGUUGGUGCCCAGCCCUUUACCAGCAAAGCCAGAGUCAAGGGAUUGAUGUCUUGUCGACUCCCUAAAUCAAUCACCUUCACCGUUGGUGCAUCGAUUCCCAUCAUUUACAUGACAGCUUAUCAUUGCAUCGUUGAAGUGGCUCGUCUCCGAAAAGGUCAAACCAUCCUGAUCCAUGCAGCAUCUGGCGGUGUUGGUCAAGCUGCAAUCCAAUUCGCGCAACACAUUGGAGCUGAAAUAUUCGCAACCGUCGGCAGUGCAGUCAAGCGGCAGCUACUAGUUGACAGGUACAACAUUCCCGAGGAUCAUAUAUUCUCAACAAGAUCGAGAACAUUCAAACAUGGGAUUAUGCGCCUUACAGCCGACAAGGGAGUGGACGUCGUACUCAACUCCCUCUCUGGAGAAUGGCUCAAUGACUCUUGGGAAUGCUUGGCUCGUCUUGGUACGUUUGUUGAGAUCGGUAAAACGGAUAUCUAUAAGCGAAGCCACCUCAGCAUGGCACCAUUCGAUCGAAGCAUUACCUUCGCAGCCGUCGAUCUGGUAGUCCUGUUUGAGAGUCAAAUCGAACGGAUGAACGAUGAGUUCAAAACAGUCAUUUCGAUGUUCGAGUCUGGCAUUCUUACACCCGUGGCUCCUGUUACCGCGAUUCCCAUCUCAAAUAUUGAGGAAGCGUUCCGCUUGAUUGCCUCUCGAAAGCACACAGGAAAGGUUGUUGUCGAAGCUGAGGCAGACGCUCUCGUGAAAGCAGUGAUUGCCAAACCCGAUCCAUUGCAACUGGACCCUUCGGGAUCCUACGUUGUAGCUGGAGGGCUCGGUGACCUGGGGAAGAGGAUCUGCCGACUUCUAGCGAUUCAUGGUGCAAAGCACAUUGUGACUCUGUCUCGUCGAUCUCUCUCCGACGAUGAUCGAAAGACAUUUGAGGCCGAUAUUUCUCAACUUGGCGCAGUGCUUCACAUUGUCAAGUGUGAUAUUGUUGACGAGACCUCUAUGAUGGAGGCUGCAGUUAUCUGUCAAGAAACUCUCCCACCCGUCAAGGGUGUGAUCCACGCCGGCAUGGUUCUGCGGGAUCAUCCUCUGGAGCUCAUGACACCGGACGACUAUCUAACCGCUACCAAGCCCAAGACCCAAGGCACCUUAAACUUGCAUUCAAGCUUCCAAGGUCCUGCACUUGACUUCUUCAUUACACUUUCCUCCAUCACAUGUAUCGUCGGCAAGACUGGCCAAGCCAAUUAUUCCGCGGGAAAUGCCUUCCAGGACGCUUUCGCUCAUGCGCAUGCUGGAAAGUCUCAUACCCGCUACAUCUCUCUCAACCUCGGUGCAAUUGAUGGCUCCGAUGCUAUCACGUCACUGCCUGUUCGCCAACAGGAGCUGAUGCGUCAAGGUGCGAUUCUGGUCAAAUUCGAAGAACUCUUCAAGGUCCUCGAGUAUGCCAUGGGACCUCAAGCAGUGGUUGACGACUGUGUCCAAUCCAUUAUGGGCUUUGAUCGACAGUCUAUGGAGACGGUGCAAGACACAUUUGGAUUGAGUAACCCAAUGUUCAGUCAAGUGCCUUAUCUUUUGGAUCAGAAUAGCUCUGGCGAUGGCGCGUCCGAUAAGGUAGAUACGGAGAAGGCUAUUCGGAAUGCCACUUCCAUUGCCGAAGCUGAGGAGAUCAUCACCCAGGCAAUUGCAGAGAAAUUCGCUCUAUUUAUGGACCGAGCGAUUGAAGACGUGAAUCUUGACCAGUCACUUGCUGCUUUCGGACUUGACUCGCUGGUCUCGAUCGAGUUAAAGAACUGGAUGGUUCGAACAUUCCAAGUCACUUUGCAGACAUCAGAGAUUGCAGAUGCGCUUAGCGUGGUUGCUCUGGCAAAGACGAUUACGUCGCGUUCGAAGCUAGUGAGCGAUGAGAUGCGUGGAUCUCCUUCUAGCCCAGACGAGCCUGAAGAAACACCCGUUCAGCAGCCAGUGGCCGAAGUACCCUCCGGUCCAAACCACGGCUUUGAAUGCUGUCGAUACGCAAAGGAUCUCCCCAAGCAGCCACUGAUGGAUCUAGAUGAGGCAUUGAGUUCGAUUUUAAAGAGUACUCGCCAUUUCGCAACAGAAGAAGAAUACACAGCUCUUUGCCAAGCAAUCGAGAAAUUCGGACAGCUAGGAAGCACAGGACGUCAAUUGUACGAGAAACUCGUCAACAUGGCGAAUGAUCCAAAGGUGGACAACUGGAUGGUCGACUUCUUGACAGAUGCGUCAUUCCUCAAGAAGCGGUUCCCCCUGGUGCCUCUCUCCAGUUUCUUCGCUACACAUCACGACGCUGUAAUUCCCCAUCCUCAAGCAGAAAGGGCGGCUCUCAUCGCGACAACCGCUUUCCGGUUCAAGGAGGCCGUGGAUGCUGGGGCUCUAGAGCCUCACUGGUAUUUCCAUAUCCCAUCUUGUAUGGAUUCUUGGCAAUGGCUUUUCAACACCACCCGUGAGCCCCAUCUUGAAGUUGAUCGUAUGAGAAAGUACCCCGGAAAUGACUACUGCGUCGUCCUCCGUCGGGGUCACGUCUUCAAAGUGGCGCUGAAGAAUGGUUCAGAAGCUGUCUCCUACUCCAACAUCAAGGCACACUUCGAUAUGAUAUUGGAGAGCGUUCAAGAUGAAGGCUUCUGGACAAGCAUACUGACCAACGAUAACCGAGACUCCUGGGCCACGAUCCGCGAAAAGCUCAUGACCAUGAACGACGCAAACGCAGCAUGCAUCCAAGUCAUCGAACAAGCAGCCUUUGCCAUCUGCCUCGACGACGGCGCACCAACAACUAGCUCUGAGCGAAUCCGAAAGGCUUACCUAGGCGACGGCUUCAACAGGUGGAACGACAAGGGCCUCCAAUUCAUAGUCUUCGAGAACGGUUCAUCAGGCUACCAAGUAGAACACACCAUGAUCGACGGUCUGACCGUGCACCGCAUGAACGAGUGGAUCCACGAAGCCAUCCACUCACACAUCCCCAAACAAGAAACCAACGGCCACACAAACGGCACAUCCAACGGAUUCCACCCAGUCCUCGAAGAAUACACCCUCACCACAACGCCCGACAUUGACGAACACAUUCUCGUCGUGCGAGGCGAGCACUUGAAGACCACCUCCAGCCGCGAAUACGGCUACCUUACACUCUCACACUUCGGCAAAGACUUCCUCGCCGAACAUGGCUGUCCCAUCAAAUCCGUCUUCGAUGUCACAAUCCAACUAGCCAGCAAACUCUACUUCGGCCAUAACCCGGCCUCGUGGGAACCAAUGUCAAUGGCGCAUUUCCACAAGGGCCGCACGGAGAUCUUCCAAGGUGUCCUCCCAUCCGUAGCGCAGUUCUGCGACUCGGCAACGAACACAGACGUUCCCGCCGGACAGCGGCGCGAGAUGCUCAUCCGCGCUGCGAAUGAGUAUACCGCUGGCCUGCAGAAUUCUGGGAAGGGAAACAAUUAUUUCAGACUGAUGACUGUUUUGGAGGGUAUGUGGCCAGGUGGUGAAGAGUUGGCGCCGUUGUUUACGGAUCCAGUCUGGUUGAGGACGUAUCCGCGGUUUAUCAUGUCUGGGUUGACGGAUGGUGGGUCGUUGGAUUCGGCGUUUGCGUUGAUCGACCCCGAGGGUGUUUGGAUUUGUUACUCAAUUGGGGAGAAAGAGGCACGCUUUUCUAUUGUUGGCCCAACGGGCGAAGUUUCUAGGUUCGAGGAAGUGCUAGACGAGGCUACGGCCCUUGUUAAGACACUGGUUGAGUCGAGUUAG